GCGAGUGACGAGGUAGUCCUGCUUUCCAAAUUCUCUUAUCUACUCAGAAUCAUAUUGUAUCGAACUGUCCAGCGCGCCUAAUUCGCAUAUCCUCUCAUAAUGUCCAAAGAUUCCUCCCCAACCUACAUCCACAUGCACCAGCCCCGUCUGGCUGAUUUCUUCGAAGACUUCACGCGCCCUCACACUUCUCUCUACACGAACAUCGCUCUGCAAUCUUCACAUAACCAUCCGCACGCCGCGUCAGGCGUAACGUACGGCUCGACGGCCUCGGGUCCCACGGCCGUGCCGUCUUUCUUGCCUAUCGAAGACAUCUAUGUGCUUCCGCAGUAUCAGCCUCUGAAUCCGGAAGAUGAGGAUGAUGUCGUCCCUGAUCAGCAUGCGGCGUUUGGGAUUACGCGCGCUAUGGAGAAUAGGAGGGAGGCAGUGUGGAGGGAUUUAGGGCUAGAGGAGUUGGUGAGUGGACGCGGGAGAGCUGGUGCGAAUAACGGUGUGGAGACGACGAGGCGCUGGAAUCAGCCGGGGAGGAUGAAGCAGGCUGGGGCGUUGAUGGGUGGGAGGAGGGUGGUUUGUUUGAGGUAGAUGGUGGAUUAUGUAUCAUGGCGUUAUUAUUUACUCUGGGGUUUGAGCGAUGGAGUUUGGGUGUUCAGUAUGGUCAUGAUGGGGUUUUGUGUGUCAUUAGUUACUUCAAGAAGGAAACAUCAACUAUGCACGGAGCAGCUGCCCUGCGAAUACAUCCAAACUAACGCCAAUCAUCUCCUACCCCAUAAUGCGUAUAAUGGGAGGUAACUAUC